CUUUUUGUAAUUUCGGUUUAGUGGGUCGGAACCGAACCGGUUACCGAAUUUUCUUUGCUUCCUAUUGCCGAUGAGUUUUCAGCUCAAAAGUCAAAACCGAAUUGGUCUAUUUUCGGUUCGGUUUAGUUCGUCCAAUUCUGUUCGGUCCGAAUGCCCAGGCUUUGUAUAAACCGGUUUCUUGUGAAGACAGUGAUACUUGUUGUGCAAGGAGCAAAAGAACGCAUUCAAUUUUUUGUCCUUUAAUCUUGAUUCAAAUGCGAAAUAGGACUUGUAGAGAGAUUACUUUCUUUAUACUUUUGUAUUGUAAGCUUGAUUCAAAGUGUGGGGGACAUGCGAGGGCCUCAAGCUUUAUACUUUCUUCGCAGAACAACGACGUUAGCUCAACAUUUGUGUCCUCUUGCACCGCUUAUUGUGACGCCUCGUAUGGAGUUUAGUUCGUUUCUUGAAGAAAAUCCUAGCGACGUCGUUUAUACCCAUAACCGUAAAAUUGAUGAAUUGAUUAAAUCCGGGAACUUGGUAUCUGCACAUGAAGUGUUCGAUGGAAUGUCUGUACGAGAUGUUGUUACUUAUAAUCUUCUUAUUUCUGGGAAUAGUCGAAAUGGGUGUUCUUUAAGAGCUAUUGAAAUUUAUGCGGAGAUGGUUUCUUGUGGUCUUAGAGAAAGCGCUUCUACGUUUCCUUCUGUUCUGAGUGUAUGUAGUGAUGAAUUGUUCUGUAGAGAAGGGAUUCAAGUUCAUUGUAGGGUGAUUUCUCUUGGGUUUGGAUGUAAUAUGUUCGUAAGGUCUGCACUUGUGGGUCUUUAUGCGUCAUUUUGGCUUUUUGAUGUUGCGUUGAAGUUGUUUGAUGAAAUGCCUGAGAGAAAUUUAGCUGUCUGCAAUUUGCUGUUGAAAUGUUUUUGCGAGACCGGAGAGUCCAAGCGAUUGUUUGGAGUGUACUGUAGGAUGGAACUUGAAGGUGUAGCUAAAAAUGGGUUAACUUAUUGUUAUUUGCUCCGCGGUUGUUCUAAUGAUCAGUUGUUAUAUGUAGGGAAGCAAUUGCAUUCCCUAGUGAUUAAAUCUGGAUGGGACAUUUCUAAUAUAUUUGUUGCUAAUGCGCUUGUGGACUAUUACUCUGCUUGUGGCGAUUUAUCCGGUUCUAUAAAAUCAUUCAAUGUUGUCCCAGAAAAAGAUGUAAUAUCGUGGAACUCGAUUGUUUCCGUGUGUGCAGAUUACGGGUCUGUGCUUGAUUCUCUUGGUUUGUUUAGCAAGAUGCAGUUUUGGGGGAAGAGACCUUCGAUACGGUCAUUCAUGUCAUUUUUGAAUGUCUGUAGCAGAAACAGUGAUAUUCAGUCCGGGAAGCAGAUCCAUUGCUAUGUUCUCAAAAUGGGUUUCGACGUUUCAAGUCUUCUUGUCCAGUCUUCUCUUAUCGACAUGUAUGGCAAAUGCAAUGAGAUUGAGAGUUCUUCUUGGCUUACCAGAGUUUGCCUUGCCUGACUCUGGAGUGCUGUAACUCGCUGAUGACUUCUCUGAUGCACUGUGGCAUCACAAAAGAUAUCAUUGAGAUGUUUGGUUUGAUGGUUGAUGAAGGAACUGGA